UUUUGGAAGGCACAAAAAUUUGCUUCACAUUCUCCCCUCACAAAAACUCCUCCCACUUUAGACCACACACAACGGCACUAUGGGCAAGUCAGCACAAUCAGAAAUGUCGAACCCUCUCGUUGAUCGUACCGAGGGCAUUCAUGCACUUACCAGAGCCGAAGAGGAGAAUUGCUUCAAAGAGCUGAAAAAGAAUGCCCUUAAGAAAUGUGAAGUUCCCAUUAAAGAAUUUGUCGACUGCAGUAAGGAGCACAAUGUUACAGUUGCUUGGAGUUGUCGCGACAAAAACAAAGCUAUGAACAAAUGCUUGAACCUAUAGUAAGUGCUGCUUACUCAGUUGUUGCUAAAGCGAGUGAGUUUAACUUAACCCAUGGCUUCGCUAUUACAGCACUGCGCAAGAUGAGCUCGACAAGCUGAAGCUUGCCAAACUUGCUUCCAAGAAGGCUGCACAACAGUAAAAACUCUCACGAUCGUUCCUUCAAGACUCUAUAGAACUGUAUUAAUGAUAGCCUAAGAAUAACCAUGUCUGACUUUAAGGCUUCCCAUACUUCAUCUUCAAACCGCCAUAGAAUCCACCCAUCUCAUUUU